GACGAUAAAAGCAAUUGGAUAGAGAGUGAGAGCUAGACGUAGUUUGAAACCUUGCAGAGGAACGACCCAGGCGUGAGCGGAGAUUCACAAAUUAUAAAACGGAACACCGCAAUAUUCCACACCAAAAAAACUGAAAUAUUUCAUAUUAUCUUAAGUGCACAUUUUUUAAAAGCCUCUUCCAUGCCUGGAUCUAAUGCCGGCUCAAUUCAUCAGCUGGAGCUGCUAUUUUGAAACGCUUUAGAAGCUGUUUCUUAAAAAAAAACCCACCGCACUCCGCCUUCAGUGAAUUUCUAUCUGGUUGCUGGUGAUUUAUUUCAAACGGAACUAUCGUCUACUCCGUCCAGGAAUCAACCGCAGAGUUCAAGAAGCAGCUUGGAAAGUUUUUGGGGAGGGAUUUUCCUCACUGUGCAGAGCCGAUGUGUUGGUUUCCCUGAGCCAGAGAGAUUUUCUUCGUCAAAGGAGCUGAUUUUUUUUUAGAAAAUGAGAAGAUUGUGGCUUCUAUCGUUUUGUUUGUGGAUUGAGAGCUGGUGCCAGAGCCCGGAGCCCGGACUUCCAGAAGAUGUGCCCUUCCUGCAGAAUCCCGAGAGUAUCAUAUCCUUCCAGGGAAAGGAAGUAAAGUUGCGCUGCUCUAUUCAGGUGAUGGGCGAACUCCCUGAAAUAAAUUGGCAACGAGAUGGGGCUCUGUACCAAGCAGAUGUCAACCAGGUUCUGGUGCCAAUGAGUGAUGAUGAAUGGCUGGCCAUCAGUGAAUUAAGUAUUCCCUCAAUCCACCGCACGGAUGCUGGGAGUUAUCGGUGCAUCACUUCAGUGAAAGGCAGACAAAUCAUCUCUAAAGAAGCUCAGCUAGAAAUUGAAGGGUUGCCCCACUUUACUGAGCAGCCGCAGGAUGUCAACGUUCACCGGGACAAACCUUUUAACCUGAGCUGUGCUGCCGCAGGAUCACCAGAAUUGAAGGAGCUGAUGUGGUUACAGGAUGGUGUGCCGGUACCCCUUGGGGAGAAGACUUCAGCGAUCUCACCCUCAACCCUCUUGAUCCAAGGGUUAAAGAAGCCGGCAACAUUCAGAUGUGAAGCGCACAAUGCUAAGGGUGUGGCCACCUCCCGAACAGCCAACGUCAAACUUCUGCCAGACACUGCAAACAAUUUGACAGUGACUUUCAUAAGCUCUCGUGCUCUUGGAAUCUCAUGGACUCCUGGCUUCAGUGGCUUUGUUCCAUUUACCUCCUGCACGGUCCAGGCCAAGCAAUCUGAGGGUGACCUCAGUCAAGAGAUCUAUUUGAAGGAUAUCUCUGUUCCACCAUUUAAUCACAUGAUCAGAGCAUUGGCACCGUACUCGCGAUAUUGGAUCCGGUUGGCCUGCAGCACAGAGAUUGGCACCUCGCCAUGGAGCAGCUGGGUGGCAGCAGAAACAUUUGAAGGAGAGCCAGACACAGCCCCAAGCAACAUAACCUUCCAAUACAAUGGCAGUGCUCUGCUCUUCGAAUGGGAGAAACCAUCUACAGGCCUUAAUGGGGUCUUGCAAGGGUACAAAGUGGCAUAUCAGGACCAAGACCAUGCUGAGGUGAUUGUGGACAAUGGGCAGAGAGAGAACAUUAUCCUGGGGGUUGUUUUGCCUGUCACGAACCUGAGUGUUCGUUUGGCAGCCUACACGAAAGCUGGGGAUGGGCCAUGGAGUGACCCGGUCCUGGUGACCCUUCCUAGCCCAGGUAUUCCAAGGCAGAUGAGGCACCCAGUAGGGAAGGCGGGCAGGAGGACAUUCUCUUGGCACUGGUGGUAUGUGGUGAUGGCCGUCGCUGUAGCUGUGGCCUCUGCUAUUUGCCUCGCUGUGCUUGUUGCCCGACUGAGGAAGAAGGAUGUUCAAUAUGGUGAAGCCUUUGAACCCAUGAUCGAGAGAGGGGAGCUGGUGGUGCGUUACCGAGUGAAGAAAUCAUACAGCAGAAGGACCAAUGAGGCCACGUUGAACACGCUGGGAAUAAGUGAUGACCUCAAAGAGAAGCUGCAGGAUGUGAUGAUUGACCGACACAAGUUAACACUGGGCAAGACUCUGGGAGAAGGGGAGUUUGGCUCUGUGAUGGAAGGACAAUUGAACCAGGAUGAUUAUAUUCUCAAAGUGGCAGUCAAGACAAUGAAAAUUGCAAUUUGUACACGAACUGAAAUGGAGGACUUUCUUCGAGAAGCAGUCUGCAUGAAGGAAUUUGAUCAUCCCAACGUAAUGCGUUUACUUGGGGUCUGUUUACAGAAUCACGAGAAUGAAGGAUAUCCAUCACCAGUUGUCAUCCUCCCAUUCAUGAAACAUGGGGAUCUCCACAGCUUCCUCUUGUAUUCUCGUCUGGGAGAGAGCCCUGUGUACCUCCCGAUGCAGACACUGGUAAAAUUCAUGACUGACAUUGCUCGGGGUAUGGAAUAUCUCAGCAACAAGAACUUCAUCCACAGGGAUCUGGCUGCACGCAACUGCAUGUUAAAUGAAAACAUGAAUGUCUGUGUGGCUGACUUUGGGCUGUCCAAAAAAAUUUACAACGGAGAUUACUACCGACAAGGCCGGAUCUCAAAAAUGCCAGUGAAGUGGAUUGCAAUUGAAAGUCUAGCAGACAGAGUUUACACAACCAAAAGUGAUGUGUGGUCCUAUGGUGUCACCAUGUGGGAAAUUGCAACCCGUGGGCAAACUCCUUAUCCAGGUGUGGAAAACAGUGAGAUCUAUGACUAUCUCCGACAAGGCAAUAGACUCAAGCAGCCCCCAGACUGCCUGGACGCAUUGUAUGAGCUGAUGUACUAUUGCUGGCAACUGAACCCAAGAGAGCGGCCGACUUUUGAGAUCAUCUGCUGUCAACUGGAGAAGAUUGUGGAAGACCUGCCACCCUCCUCAGACCCAGAAGAGAUUCUUUAUGUCAACAUGGAAGAUGCUUAUGGGAGGUCAGACAGUUGCUGUGAACAGGGAGCAGUUGGAGGCAGUGAUCUUGAGGAGUGUUUGAAGGCAUCAUGCUCACAGUUCUCAAAGGCACCUGCGGUAACAUCAGUAGAUGUCCACCAGUCAAAUGCAGUCGAUCGCUAUGUGUUGUGUCCACCUCAUGAGACUAGCCGAUCAAUGGCAAUGGCAGCCUUAAGUGGCAAUUCACCUCCAUGUUUAGCGGCGGAGGACUUCGCCCUGGAAGAAAUGUGUGGGAGAGAGUGUAAAUGAGAGUUGUCUGUGUUACUUGCCACUUCACAUUUCCAGGAACUUUGCCUCAAAUAAUCACUCAAGUGAUCUCCAAGUAACACUGACUGUGUGAUAUUAUUAAAAGAAUGUGCAAUGUCACUUUGACCAUGAUAAUAUCAGAACAGUCCUGCAGUCAAGCCAAGUUUGCAAUUGGAAAAGUCCAUAAUCCCUCAUGCCAAUCUCUUGCAUGUCAUGAACUUCAGAACUUCUCUUGCUUCUCUUCUGUCACACUUUUCCUCCCUUUAUCUAGCAGCAUUGGAGGGAUACAGUGUCUAAAUAUCAUAUCACAGUGGCCUCAAUUCAAAAGCACUUGCGGCUGAUAUCAAAUACAUGUUCAUGCUUUAAUCAUGUUUGAUCAUGGCUCUCAUUGAUCUGAAAUGUAUAUGCUGAGAAGUGUACUCUUGAUUCCAGCCUCCCAGUGAAAAACAAAGUAAUGCAGGUGAAAGGCCAAAGGUCACCAGUUCAGGGGAUACGGGUUGCAAUGAAGUUACAUAAUCUCUGAAACAUGUUUUAACGCCACUGUAUCUAUGACAAUAGCAGAGGGAAUCUGAAAUAUUUGUGGAUUAUACGCAAACUUGUUGCCGGUUUUAAAAGGAAAAAAGUAAGUUCACUUCCAGAAUUUAACAUGUAAAUUUUUUUAAAUAAAAAAAUGGCAGGGAUAUGAUUAGAACGUUUUUCAAAUUCAUUCAUGGGAUGAGGGCAGCUUUAUUUUCUAUCCCUAAUUGCCCAGAGGGCAGUUAAGUCAACCACAUUGCAGCAGGUCUAAUGAAGUAAGAAUGGCAGUUUUUUUCCCCAAGGGUCAUUAGUGAGCCAGAUGGGUUGUUUCCGACAAUCUACAAUGUAUUUAUGGUUGUUUUGAUACUCCUAAUUUCAGAUUUUCUUACUGAAUCCAAAUUCCAAUAUCUGCCAUGACAGAAUUCAGACCUGAGUCCCCAGGUAAUGCGCAUUAACUGGAUCUCUGGAUUAACAGUCCAGCGAUAAUACCACUAGGCCAUUGCCUCCAUUGUGUCAAAAUUUAUCUGUAAUUUGAGCACCCUAGUGUAAAAUUAAGUUACUUUUCAACACCUGCUUUUCCUAGCCAGUUCAUUACCAUCUCUAGUUGAACUGAAUUAAACACAAAAUAUAUGAUUGCUCCCCAAUUUAUCACGGAGCAAGUCAAAUGCACCAAUGAGUUAAUUAAGCUUAUCACCUUCCUGAUUCCACCCACUAUUUUAAAUACAUUGCAAAUCUAAAUACAGCUGUCCUCUUUGUAUUAUUGGAACAUAUAUAAACAGGGCCAUUAUCUUUUGUAGGAUGUACUUUUUCAAUCAUCACAAAGAAUCAUUAAACAUUGCUUAGUGAUAAACAACAUGAGUAUAUGAUGUGGGUCAGCAUUUUGCAUCAUGUUCUGGGACCAACAAGUUUUGAGUGGACAGAUUCUGAGCCCUGUCAUCCAGCACAAGUGUCAGAGCUAAAAUUGGUACACUAGCUCUUUUGUUACGAGGACUAAAUUCUAGGAACACUAAGCCAAUGUCAAAAAUUAUUUUGGAUUUCUCUUGGCCUACGUAAUAGGUUAAUAAAUGUGCGCUGAAUUGUGGCUUUUUAUUAUGACUUUUGAGUGGAUACUUCUUCAAUAUUAGUUAGCUUCCUGCACUUCUUUUGCAAUCAUACGCUAACUUGGUUUGAGAAGGUCUGUACAUUUUAUUGAUGAGUGAUAAAUAAUAUGGCCUGAAUGCCAAACUGACUUUGUAAUGUAGCAGCAGAAAGGUUGGAAGCUUUGUCUUCCUGGGACUAUCGUGUAAUUCAGAUACAAUCACCUGGGAGUGCUUGUCGAGUUCUGAUUUUUUUCAAGAUCCAUCUCAGGGAUUACAGUGAAGCAGAAGCAACGAGUAAGUUUUUUUUUGUCAACCAAUGACAGCUUGUUGCAGUGUGAAGAAUUGACUGAGCCAUCCAGUCCAGCCAGUCAAGGUUUGCAAGGGUGAAGAACCUUGGUCUAUUUGUUUUAACAAGCAUAACAUAUUUGAAAUGUAUUGUUUACAGCAUUUUAUGGAGCAUUAAUUUCUAAAUGAACCUCAACCCAUGUACAACCUCUGGCAACUUCUAAUCUGAGCUGUAAAUUGUACAACAGCGAUCAUUAUGGGCAGUUGUGACACAGGAAUAGAGCACCUUGUUUCAGCCACUAAAUUGUAUGUCCAGCUAGUGCUGCACUGAAAGAUUUGUGAUGCUUAUGAUAGUAUCCCAGGAGGACUACACAUCAAAGGCUAAACUUUUGUGCUUAAAUUUAUCAUUUACCAUUUUACUCCUUUUUUAUAAUGCCUUGGUCUCCAAAAACUUAGUGCAGAGUGUCAUUGAUUUGACUGCACAGAGACAAUUUGUUAAAGUUAAAGAUAACACCUUCCUCAGUGUAAUAUACAAAAGAGGUCCACAAUGGGAAUCAUUCAUCGUGCAUAAUGCUUUGCACUCACUUUAGGUUAGACCUUCAGGCUGUUUGUGAAUUGAGCAUUAAUCUCCAGGAUUACUUCUAGUCUCAGCUGAACUGACUGUGCCAAUAUUAUCUGCUACUCAUUAAUUUGUUGAAAACAUCUUCACCAUCAGUGUAAAUCAACCUAAAAUAAAUUGUCUUGUUAAUGGUUGUGUAUAAAUCCCAAGAUUAAUUGCCAUGGUUAGCCCUAAUGAGAAUCCUAUUUGACCUCAAAUCAGCAACAACUUUCACAUCACCAUCACCUCACUGUUGGGAGCAUUACUUUGGAAGUUUUCAGGUUAUGGAUCCGGAAUGAACAGUGACUGCUCCCUAUUUGCAUCUCGAUCAGCAUGUUCAAGACUGUGUUCAUAGUAUUAAACAGGUAACUAAUGAAUCUGGUCAUUUUUACACUGUUGUCAGAAACAGUAAUGAGCAUGGAGGCUGGCAGGAAUUGAGGUAAAAAUCCAAAUUGUUCACUGAUAACCCUCAGGGAAGUGAAACCUCCUUGUGAGGUAUGUAUUGCAACCCCCUCAUUGUCCCAAGAAUGGGGCAUAUGUGAAGUGCUUCACAAUAUGUCUAAACAGCUUGAUUGAAAUGCUUGAUAACAAGGUGUAGAGCUGGACGUACACAGCAGGCCAAGCAGCAGCAGAGG